UUUCCAUCCUCUUUUUUUUUCUUUCUUUCUUUGUGACCCCCAACACUUUCUUUUUGCGACUCGGCCCAAUAAAACACCGAUAUGCGAGUCAGAUGACACACGGCUUUUUUUAUUCAAGCGCUAUUAGUGCCAUGGCGCUUGCAAGCAUACAAAAACAAAAACAAAAAUGGUUUAUUCCUCACUCACAAGCCUGCGUUUGUUUGUUUGGGUUUGGAAUCUCGGACAUUUAAACCUAAUGAUUCUUAUUUUCCGACUUUAUACGAAAUGGUUAGCACAGCUCUGCUCGAAGCAGCUGGCAUCGACGUGACGAGCGGCGAUGAAGAAGUCGCGACGAUAAUUGCGCGGACAGAACACUUUCAGCGAAGCGAGGAGCUGCGGCUGGCUGAGGCCACAGUCCUUCAGCGCAUCGGGUUGCUCGCGCGGACGCACAAAAAGGCAACGGAUGACGAGCCAGAGGCAGUGCGCACGUGGACCCGGUCGCGGGCACUUGCAGUGACCCACGGUCUAAUGGUCCUGGUGCGAUACCCUGUGCACACGGCAACGAUGUACCGGCAGUUCUCUGGACAGGCGAGCAGCGCGCCGGGGCGGAGCCUUUGGCGCGGCGGCAUCCUGGGGUACACCUACGAGUGGCUGGAUGGGUCGAAUCUAGGCGCAAUCGGCUUUUUCGUGCGCUCCUUCCUGCCGGCCAACGCCGAGGCGUCGUCGUUUCUUGAAAUGAUGGCCAGCAUAGCGCUGCACUAUGGGGUCUUUGGCCUGAUGUACGGCGUCUUCCGCCAAGCCGUUGCCGUGCGCAUCCUGGCUGCACAGGGCCUGCCAGUACCUGGGCUGGUUGAUUUGGCAAGGCCGGCGCUGUGGUGGGUGCGCGAUCGUAUUUUGCUCAGGGCGCCGCGCGGCAGCGUAUUCUGCGUGUACGUGCGCGAUGUUUUGGGAAGUUCCAUCCAAGCGUCGCUGGGCAUGGCAGCGACACGGCUCCUGACGUCCAAGGCGGCCAUCCGCGCGUACGCAGCGAUUGGCCGCAGCCGUAACAAGCCCCCUCGCAUCGUGUUUGAGCACGAGCCCGAAGUGCCAUCGGCGGUGGUAGCCACAAGGGGCGAGCUUUUGAUUUACACUCAGACAGUGGGCUCCCUGCUGGCCUCGGUGGCAACCCAUCUGCUGAUGUACCCGGUUGAUACUCUGAUGAUGCGCCUUGUGGCCGAUGAGGCUGGACUAACGUCCUUUGGGUAUGCCGGGUUCUUUGAUUGCUUGCGAAGGAGGGGCUCCUUGGCCUCGCUGUACGAGGGCUUUACACAGUUGGCUGUGGCAGAGCUGUCAUUGGCUUGGCUGGCCGCUGAGGUCGCUCACUAUUUGUGCAAGACCGCGUGGAUCAAGCUUUAAUUAAAUCGAAAAACGCGUACUUUUCGAGAACAAGAAUGUAUGCGCUCUUUUUUAAUUGGAUCAAACGCGCUUACGCGUGUGAAAGCGCGUUUUUGUGCGUGCUUUUUUUGAGCAACCAAAAAAGUAUUGUUCUCCAAUAUUGUUUUCUUGCCAGUCUCCUUUUCUUUCUACCUUCUCGUUCACAAU